CACAAUUAGUUGUCUAUGGGUGGGGUAAUCCAAUCAGGAGUGACUACAGCUCGCCCUCUGUUCACCGGUCUCAGUCUGAGCAGACUCCUCACAGACACACACCCUCCACAGACAGAAAGUUGGGAUUCCCGGUGCAAAGAUGACAGAGCGCUAUGACUGCCACUACUGUAAGGAAUCCCUGUUCGGGAAGAAAUACGUCCUGAGAGAGGAAAACCCAUACUGUGUCAAAUGCUACGAGAGCCUGUACUCAAACACCUGUGAGGACUGCAAGAAACCCAUCGGCUGCAACACCAGGGACCUGUCCUAUAAGGACCGCCACUGGCACGAGGAGUGUUUCCAGUGCUUCCAGUGUAAACGCUCUCUGGUGGACAAGCCCUUCUCCACCAAGGAUGACCAGCUGCUCUGCACUGAGUGCUACUCCAAUGAGUACUCCUCCAAGUGCCACGAGUGCAAGAAGACCAUCAUGCCUGGCUCCAGGAAGAUGGAGCAUAAGGGUAACAGCUGGCAUGAGACCUGCUUCACCUGCCAGCGUUGCCAGCAGCCCAUCGGCACCAAGAGCUUCAUCCCCAAGGAGAACCACAACUUCUGUGUGCCCUGCUACGAGAAACAGUUUGCCAUGCAGUGUGUGCACUGCAAGAAGCCCAUCACUACUGGCGGGGUGACCUAUCACGACCAGCCCUGGCAUAAGGACUGCUUCCUGUGCACCGGCUGCAAGCAGCAGCUGUCUGGCCAACGCUUCACCUCCCGUGACGACUUUGCCUACUGCCUCAACUGUUUCUGCAACCUGUAUGCCAAGAAGUGUGCUUCCUGCACCACCCCCAUCAGUGGUCUGGGUGGCAGUAAGUACAUCUCGUUUGAAGAGCGCCAGUGGCACAACGACUGCUUCAACUGUAAGAAGUGCUCCGUCUCCCUGGUGGGCCGGGGUUUCCUCACCGAGCGUGACGACAUCCUGUGCCCCGAGUGUGGCAAAGACAUCUGACAGGCAGCGAGUGGCCGACACGUCUGAUUGGAAAUUAACGAAACAACCAGGAAGUAACAACGACCUAUCAGAGCACAACUGAGUAUCACUGUAUAUAUAUAUAUAUAUAUAUAUAUACAAUUGAAGU